AUGGCAUGGGUGGCCGCCCUUUCGAUCGUAACCUUUUUUGUACUACUAUUUGUUUGCACACCACCUUCCCUAUUUUGGAAUCCUGUGGGCCAGGCCGAACAUCCGGAGAAGUGCUUGAAGCAGACUACGCAACAGGUGUUCUUCAACAUCAACGGCAUCAUGAACAUCAUCCAAGAUUUCGCCAUGUACAUCCUACCACUCUUCAUUGUCUGGAGGUUACAGAUGCCACAAAGUCAAAAGAUCGCUUUGUGCGCCAUUCUCUGCGUUGGGCUGGUCGCAGUGGCAGCUGGCUGCGUACGAUUCUAUUAUGUGCUUUUUCUUUCUAACGAAGCAGACAUCUGGUACUAUAUGGCGGAUUCACUGAAUUGGUGUAGUAUCGAGAUAUACGCCGCCAUUAUUUGCAGUACGGCGUCCACUUUUAAAGUGCUUCUCAGGACAUACCUUCCCAAGAUUUGGAGUAGCGCGGGAAGCCAUAAGAAGAGUUCUAGCGGACCUCGCGCACUCUACAGUCGAUCGCACAGUGGACAGUUCGAGAUGAAACCGUUUCGUGGGAUAACAAACAAGUCAAUCAGUAACAGGAAAUACGGGGUCGAGGGUCUUACAGAGAUCGAAAAUGAGAGCGAGGAGGCUAUCAUGCGGUCCGAGAGUACUAUGGGGGCAACUGCUGCCACAUCCUCGCCAAAUCGAUAG